GGCACUGGGCAUGACAGCCGGGUGCCCAGUGCGCAUGCGCGAGAAGCGGUGCGCUUUGUGAAUGGUAAGGCGGUACCUGGGACACAUGACAGAUCCCAGAAGCCACCGGACCAAUCACAAAGCGCAAGUGCUUCUUGCUCAUGCGCACUGGGCACCCGGCUGUCAUGCCGAGCGCCAUUACAGAAGCCGGGAAGACAGCACGCGGCUGGAUCGAGGAACAGGUAAGAUAAGAAAAAAACUCUGCGGAAGUAAGAGCGGGUACCUGUCAAAUUCAGGUACCCGCUCCCCACCUCCCCAAAGGUCAGCAGUCAUCUGUAAGGUCCCGCUGCAGAGCUGA